GUCCUAGCUGAGAAGCCUACUGCAUUCAGAAGCGGAAUUCAUCUCGGCUGGUUCAACAAAAUCAUUUAUCACUGAAAAUCUAAAAAGCACUUGGAUCCAGAGAAUCCUGAAGAAGGGCAAGGUAUUGAACAUCAUGGUCAUAAUUCAAGCAAUAUUGGAGCUCAAGGACACAAACCAUUCCCCUCAAAAUAUGGCAGAUGCCUGAGGUUCAUCAAGCUUCUUGUAUCCCAAGUACUGCUGGUUAUCAUAUCAGUAAUGCCAGGUUCAAGCCAGAUAAGAAAGCUAAAAGAGAAAAAAGAGAUGCACAUAUGUCUCUUCAGAUCCUGAACAAACUACUUGAACGUGCUGCUAGGUGUACAUAUGAAAUGAGUCCCAAAAAUGAUAAGGCAGACCCAUAUAAUUACAGUGUCCAUUCAGAGUAUAGAUACUUUGAAAGGGGACAAGAAGCUUGGGGGAUGACACCAAUACUAGUUGCAUCAAGGAAUGGUAUCGUGGAAAUGGUAGAGAAAAUCCUGCAACUGUUUCCUUUGGCCAUUUAUGACACCGACAACGAUUCGAACAUAGUGCUGAAGGCAGUAGAGAAUAGGCAAUCACAUAUAUAUGACUUCUUACUCAACAGUAGUCUUCUUCUUGAUAGAGAAGUUUCAUUUCACGCUGUUGAUCAUGACUGGAACAAUGCAUUGCAUCUAGCUGGAAAGCUAGCAGGUGACUGCCACCUCCAGCAUAUCCCCACCAGCAUGUUGCAAAUGCAGUGGGAAGUCAAGUGGUACCAGUAUGUGCAGAAUUCCUUGCCACCACAUUUUGUUGUUCAAAAAAAUAGGGACAGACGUACCCCAGAUGAGAUCUUCCAAAUACAACAUCAAAAACUUGAAGACGAAAGCAAACAAUGGCUAAAUAGCACCUCCAAUUCCUGCUCUUUCAUUGCAGCACUUAUCGCAACUGUUGCCUUUGCCUCAUCAGCCUCUAUACCUGGAGGGGUAAAGCAAGACACUGGGGAACCAGUUUUUGAAAACCAUCUGGCUUUCAGUAUUUUUGCAAUGGCAUCGCUAGUUGCUCUUUGCUGUUCAGUGAUCUCCUUGUUCAUAUUCCUCGCCAUUUUCAUCUCCAAGCACCAAGACAAAGAUUUUACUACGAACUUGCCAAGGAAUUUUUUAUUUGGUUUAACAUCUCUCUUUAUAUCCAUGGCAGCCAUGUUGACCUGUUUCUGCUCGGGAAACUUCUUGAUGCUUAAGGGCCAACUAAAAUAUGCUGCAAUUCUGGUAUAUGCACUCACCGGCCUGAUAAUGGCGUACUUUGUUCUCAAGCACUUUCCAUUAUUUAUUGAUCUUCUGAAGGCUACAUUUCGUAAGGUGCCUGAGCGUAUAUACAAGGAGUAUCUGUAGAUUGCUUUGGUCUGGGCUCAAGGAGGACCUUAUGCCAUGGUGAUGAUGGCCAGAUCUGAUGAUGAUGUAAUUUUUCAGUUGUUUUGUGUCUUUCAAAUAUAUAUAUAUUCCACUAAACUCCUCCAAAACUCUAUUCAUA